GCCGCGGCCUGGGGCUGGGCUGGGCUGCGAGGCCGGCGGCUCCGGGCGGCGGCGACUGCAGCGGGAGCGGGCGGCAAGGCCAGCGGGCGCCCUGGGUGGCCGGCUGUGUCGGCCGCGGGAUGAGGAAGCGGACCGAGCCCGUCACCUUGGAGCAUGAGCGCUGUGCCGUCUCGGGCUCGGCCGCCGCGGCGCUGGACGCCGACUGCCGCCUGAAGCAGAACCUGUGCCUGGCGGGCAGGGGGCCGGCGGAGCCGCGCUGCGCCGCCGACGCGGGCAUGAAGCGCGCGCUGGGCAGGCGAAAGGGCCUGUGGUUCCGACUGAGGAAGAUCCUUCUCUGUGUUCUGGGCUUGUAUGUUGCCAUUCCAUUUCUCGUCAAACUCUGUCCUGGGAUACAGGCCAAACUGAUUUUCUUGAAUUUCGUGAGGGUGCCCUAUUUCAUUGACUUGAAAAAGCCGCAGGAGCAAGGUUUGAAUCACACCUAUAAUUACUACCUCCAGCCAGAGGAAGAUGUGACUAUUGGAGUCUGGCACACCGUCCCCGCCGUCUGGUGGAAGAAUGCCCAAGGAAAGGACCACACGUGGUACGAGGAUGCCCUGGCCUCCAGCCACCCCAUCAUCCUGUACCUCCACGGGAACGCAGGCACCAGAGGAGGGGACCACCGCGUGGAGCUGUACAAGGUGCUGAGUUCCCUUGGUUACCACGUUGUCACCUUUGAUUACAGAGGAUGGGGCGACUCUGUGGGAACGCCAUCGGAGCGGGGCAUGACCUACGAUGCCCUCCACGUUUUUGACUGGAUCAAAGCCAGAAGUGGUGACAACCCUGUGUACAUUUGGGGUCAUUCCCUGGGCACUGGAGUUGCAACAAAUUUGGUGCGGCGCCUGUGUGAGCGAGAGACUCCUCCAGAUGCCCUUAUAUUGGAAUCUCCGUUCACUAACAUCCGUGAAGAAGCUAAAAGCCAUCCAUUUUCAGUGAUAUAUCGAUACUUCCCUGGAUUUGACUGGUUUUUCCUCGAUCCCAUCACAAGCAGUGGAAUUAAAUUUGCAAAUGAUGAAAACGUGAAGCACAUCUCCUGCUCCCUGCUCAUCCUGCAUGCAGAGGACGACCCCGUCGUGCCCUUCCAGCUUGGCAGAAAGCUCUACAACAUUGCUGCGCCAUCUCGAAGCUUCCGAGACUUCAAAGUGCAGUUUGUCCCCUUCCACUCAGACCUCGGCUAUAGGCACAAGUACAUCUACAAGAGCCCUGAGCUUCCACGGAUCCUGAGGGAGUUCCUGGGGAAGGCGGAGCAGGAGCAUCAGCACUGAGGCAGGCUGCCGGACGGAAGCCCCGAGGAGACCCUCCUCCCGUCUCCUUGCCAGCCUGGCGGGCGCCAGCAUCAGUGUUGCUUGGGACCCUGGCAGCUGCCGCUCGCCCAGUGCCCCCCUGGAGAGAGGACUUGGACGCCAGCCGGCCAGGCAGUGGAGGCCCCAGCAGGCCUGAGGGGCCCAGGAGCACGGGUGCGGGCAGGCCCGAGGCCCUGUCCCCCGCUUGCUCCCGCCCACCUUGAGCUACUGCUGGAAGAAUGUGACAAGAGCAGGCCGACCAGCCCUGCUCUACCCUGCACUCCCUGAGCUGGGCCGUGGAGGGCCCAGGGCACAGCCACUCCUGGGCUUCACAGCACCAUCGCAGAGAAUGGGGGGCAGGGGGCCGGGGGUCCUUCUGUCCCUUUGGAGGUCUGGCUGUCCUGCCGCCCGGCACGCCCUGCUUGCCUCCCUUGGCCGUGCAGCCUCCCCGAUGGUCCUGCUCACUCCCCAGACCGAGGAGCGCAACCGCGAGCCACGAGCCACAGCACUUCUUGGCAUUCCUCCCAUCUGUCCGUCUAACCUGGGCUUAGACUGAGCAUUUAUUUAAGAAUAAAAUCGUGGUGGUGGU